ACCGCUGUUGUCAACGGGCAAACCAAAGCGGUGAAUGCAUCACCGCGGUUGACGGCCGCGGUGAAUGCCUGACGUAACACUGAAACUUAAAACAAACGUAACUUUGCGCUCGGUUAUCCGAUUCUAGCGAAACUUUUUUUGAUUCCAUAUAACUUUUCAAGAUCUUUCAAUCUGAAGAAAGAUUUAAUCUCAAAAAAAUGUCAUUUGUUACCCCGAACGAGCAAUUUUUCGAUUUUGCCAAACUUUAGAAGACCAUAACUUUUAGCUCGUCAAUCCGAACGUCGUAAAGUUUUUUUUUAUUGCGCAUAACUUUUUAAGAAAUACAACGUUUACUAGGAAAGAAUUUAAAAAAAAAGAAAUGUUUUUGGGUAUACGGGAUUUUGGCAAUAACUUUGCCUUUACUUUUCACAAAUCCACAUACUUUCCAAAAUUAUAGUUAUAAUAAAAGUUGUAGUACUUCAAAAGUUAUGCAAAAUCAAAAAAAGUUUCAUGACAUUCGGAUUGUGGAGCACAAAGUUAUGGUCUUCCAAAGUUUGUCAAAAUCGAAAAAUUGCUCGUUCGGGGUAGCAAACGAAUUUUUUUUGGGAUGAAGGUUUGUUGCAGAUUGAAAGAUCUUGAAAAGUUAUGUGGAAUAAAAAAAAUUCGCUACAAUCGGAUAACCGAGCGCAAAGUUACGUUUGUUUGAAACCGCGGUGAUGCAUUCACCGCUUUGGUCUGCCGCGGUGAAUGCAAUCACUGCGGUUGACAACAGCGGUGAUGCCCAAACAUGUGUAUUUUGGGAAAUUUUUUUAUAACGUGUGUAUUUUGGGAUUUUUUUUUAAAACAUGUGUAUUUUAGGAUUUUUUCCCUUAGUUCGUUCUGUUGUCUCUAGGGAUGGCAAAAAUAUCCGUAACCGUGGAUAUCCACCUGAACCCGGCCUAAUCGGGUAGGGUAAAACCCGAACCCGAAGGACAUUUAGUGGGUACGGGUAAAAGCUGAACCCGAAUAUUGCGGGUAAUGGGUGGGCAUGGGUUUCUCAGUAUCCAACCCGAACCCGCCCGAUUAUACACAUAUAUAUGUAUUUUAUCUAUAAAUAGUCAUUAUUUUUCUCUAACAUAUUUUAUAUUUAGCAUAUAAAUAUAAUAUUUUCAUGAAAUUGUGUUGUUUUAAUUAAUUUUCUUCAUUCUAGUGAAUUAUUGUCAUACUUUUCCUCUUGCGUAAUGUGAGAAUACGUGUAAAUGUUAACAUAUUAGUUGGAGUUAUGAAGAGAAAUCAUUACCCAUGAAUAACCGUGGAUAUCCGAAAUCCGAACGGGUAUGGGUAUGGUUUUAAUUUUCUACCCGUUUUAUAUGUGAGUAUGGGUAUGAGUAAAACCCAAACUACUUUGGGUAGGGUAAUGGAUAUGCACUAUCCGUACCCGACCCGACCCACUUGCGUUGUCUCCUCUUGCGAGUCCUGCCGUCCUGCCCUGCCCAGAGCCAAGAGAAAUGGAAGCGGCGAACAGAUUGAUAUCCGCGGCGAUGAAAGCCGCCGACAAUAACACGGUCAUAAACGCCUUCCUGGUCGGAGCCUUCGUGGCUCUCGGCCUGCGAUCAAGCUACCAGCAACGUCAACUUGAUGCUCUGGAGGCGGAGAAAGCGUCGCUGGUCAGUUCCAACAAAUCCAUGAAGAAAUCCAUGUGGGAAUGGAAACAGCAGCUCUUCGCCGAAGCCUCUGCUGGCUCGUCUUCCAUCCCUCUCGCCAGACUCCAGGCUAUUUACGGUUACUCGCCCGCGCCUCAACCAACUGGAGAACCAGUGAAGGAAGAUGCAAAGAAGGCUCGAUCUGAUUUCGUUAUCUAAACGGUAGGUAUCUGCAGCUGGGGAACUUCCUUGUACGAGAUCUUGACGGCCUCAAUGUAGCCAAAAGGACAUCUCCUCAGUUGAAGAAGCAACAGAGCACUUUGUUGAAAGAGUAUUUCUAAGUGGAUAGAAACAAGAGCAGUUCGUUAGUUUUGUUUUAUCAAAGGAAGUCUAUCAAGAAAGGUGCUGGAAUCUUUUUUUUUUUCUUUUUUUUUUCCGUCGAUGUCUGUGGACGGCUAUGAAAUUAGGAAUGUGGCUGUGUUCUUAUCAUGGAGACUUGCUGCUUUGGUCUCUUGAAUGCAGACGCCCAGUAGCUUGUUCGAAAGUAAGAGAUGGAGUGCAUGAAAAUCUGUUGUCUUGUUACCUUGAUGUUUUGUUCUGGGUGAUAGCCGGACAAGUUUUGUAGCCUAUCGUUCAUAAACAGAGCUUCGGAAUACCAGUAAAUAAUGGUGGGGAUG